UAGAAACCAUUGCAUAAAACCUCUCAGGAAGUUUUUGCUGAUGUGAAAGCUGCUCACCGAUGAGACUUCAGAGGACCAUUGACUUGAUUUGAUCUUGAGAGUGAAAACAAGAGGAAGAGAAGCCACCUUGACACAGGAGAGGUGCCCCCCGGUUUGCCGCCACCUGAUUGGUCGACGGAGCCUUGCAUAAAUAACCGCCUCUAAUCCAUCACUCGUCAGUUUGUCACCGCUCUCCGGCUGGAUUUACAGCCUCGUCCAACGCGCAAGGGAGGAGGUGGAGGAGAGAAAAAAAAACUGCAAAAGGAGACCUGUAUGCACAACAACCUUACACGCUAUUCCUGGUCGGCAUUCGCGCCAACGCAGCAUCGUCGUAGAAACUGAACGCAAGGAAGAUGGCUGAAGCGAUGAACAUUGGAGAAAAACUGCAGCAGAUGGCCGAUAAUGAAGGUGGUAAAAGAUCUGCAGAAGAAAAUGCAGUGGUAAACCAGAAUAACAAGCGCCCUCGUGGAGAUGGAGCCAAGGUGUCGUUCCGUGUCUUAAUUCCAAGCAGUAAUGCUGGUGGAAUCAUCGGAAAGGAAGGCUCAAAUAUCAACCAGCUUCGGAAGAAGUACAAUGCAACCAUAACAGUGCCCGACUGCAGCGGGCCAGAGCGCAUCCUUACUGUAACGAUGGAAGUGGAGGCGGCUUUGGAGUGCAUCCAGGAAAUAAUCCCCUUAUUGGAUGAGAACAAGCAGAACCCAGAGCAUUGUUCCGUACGUGUCUUGGUUCAUCAGAGUCUUGCUGGAGCUAUCAUCGGCAAGGAAGGAUGCAAGAUUAAGGAGAUGAGGGAGCAAAUUGGAGCGCACAUCAAGGUUUACUCUCGCGUGUGUCCCAAUUCGACCGACAGAGUUGUCCAGGUUGGAGGCACACCAGAUAAGGUCAUUGGUGCUUUGAGGGAGCUCCAGAAGCUCAUCAGCUCUACUCCAAUCAAGGGCCCAGACCAGCCCUAUGACCCCUAUUGCUUUGAGCCUUUCCUUGCCCUUGACUAUGGGGGCUACACCGGCUCAGAUAAUAAGAAGAUGGGAGCAGGAGGAGGAGGGGGUAUGGGGCGCAAUAUGGGCUAUAGAGGAGGCCGGUAUGGAGGAGGGGGACGUGGUAUGGGAUUUGACUACUUAGGCGGGGGAGGAGGUGGAGCGUAUGGAGGACGAGGGAUGUUCGGCCAUCCACCGUUGGGUGGUUUAGGGGGAGGAAGGAGAGGAGGAAGGGGCGGAGGAGGCCCAGGAGGAGGAGGAGGAGGCCCGGGAGGAGCACCAAGCAGCGGAGGAGGGAGAAUGCCAGAACCGCUUGCACUGGGAUUAGGCAAUAGUGGGAGAACCAGUCUUGAAUCAUUGGAUAGUACUGAGAAGACCACUCAGGUUACCAUUCCUAAGGAUUGUGCUGGAGCCAUCAUCGGCGCUCGAGGCUGCAGAAUUCGCCAGAUCCGAACCCAGAGCCGAGCAACGAUAAAGAUCGAAGACUCCAAGCCCGAUUCCAAUGAACGCAUCAUUACCAUCACUGGGACAGAAGAACAGAUUAGCUAUGCUCAGUACUUGCUUCAAGAAAGUGUAAGGAAUUUCUCUGGAACCAAAUAUUAGUGGACUUUGAGAGAUGUCUUCUAACUUCGCCGUUAUCAACAACACAGCUUCAUACAUCUUGAUAACCAGGCACCAUACAUGGCUUCAUCCGUUUUGCUGAAAUAAGGCUACGUGCAUUCUUAAAAUCUUUCUUCAUAAGAAUUCAAUGUUCAUUUAUAAAUACAGCUCACUUAGUGGUAAAUGAAAUAAAUUUAAUCAAUUUGGAUUUGAAUUUUUUAAAAUAUAAAUUAUACUUGACAUUUUCUACUGAUAGUAUGUCACAUGACAAAAGGAAUUAUUUUAUAGAAUCCACCAUUACCUUGGUGCAGAGACUUUGUUCAUUAACAAUUUUAUUGUGAAUUGUAUUGUUUUGCUUGUUUAGGGUUGGGAAGUGGGUCUCCGCUCAAAGACAGAGAUUCUGAGAAAAGCGAUAUUUUGAUAGUUUUCUACCACAGCAAGAAAAUGUAUGGGAAUAUGGUGAAGUACUAUGUUUUUUGCUUUUUUAAUAACCCCUGGUAUUGGCUAUAGGCAGUUAAAUUGAGAUAAGGAUUCUCUAGGUGUUACGGAUGGUUUCAGUAUCAUUCUUUCAGAAGGGCGGAAAAGUUAGCUACGUCAUCUUAAUUGCCAAUGUUCAAUGUGAGAUUAGAAAUCUGAAGGAAUAGAAAAACCUGUUAAACCAUUGCAAGUUUGAAAAAAUUAAUUUCAUUUUAAUGUAUAUAUACACACACACACACUCUUGGAACAAUAAGUGACAAUAAUCUUCUAAAGUUCCAUUGCUAAAAGCUUCUACUCUUCUAAACAUAAAAAAAUAACUUCUCCAUGACAAAUAUGCGAUUGAAAUAUUUUACAAGGAUUUUUUAUUGGUUUAACAUGUAUACUGUAGAUAUUUAUUAAAAAUGAACAAAUAAUACAAAUGCUUUGCUUCUACAGUAUACUUCUAUGUAAAAAGUUACAAGAAUGCUUCUUUCCCAAAGAUCUGCAUUGUUGUCUCUUAAAAAAAUAAUGGGCAAGGGCAGCAGUCCCACCCCCCCCCCCCAGCACCACAUAUGUUUUAAUUUAUGCUUUUAUCACUUACAUUUUUAGCUAUGGUAAUAACUCAAAUUGAACUUGCCAUAUUUUUAGCAUGUAAGAUGUUAAUAUUUUGUGCUGUACAUACAUAGCUUAAAAUUCCUUUAAAAAUAUAAUAGAUUGACAAUAAAUGUUUGCAUCGAAUGCUGUUGAAUCAUUGGACUAACAGAACUAUAAUCAUGUUAAAUUAAUUUUACAUAGAGGAUCGAAGGUGAAAUGCAAAUAAAUUGAUGUAUUAAGGAAAAACUAUUAACAGUGGAGAUUAAUAGAAAGUAAAAUCAUACAUUACCUUAUGAAUGAAACUGGUUACCAUACUGUUCACAGAAUAAAACAGUGCACCGAAUUGAUUGAUUUAUUUAGGAAAUAUAGAUAUCUGCAUCUGUUGGGUUUGUUAAAAAAAAAUUAUUUUAAUAAAAAUUUAAAUCAUCUUUUAACACCUCUUUAGUGUGUAAUAUUUACAAAUGAAGCACAAAUUGAAUUGACAGCUCACUGGCGUACAGAUUAUUGUAAGAAAAUUAUAAUGUGAUACAAAAUUGUUAUUACUCGAAAUUAUGAACAAAGAUUAUUGUAAUUUUAAUGUUUUUUAUGCCUAGAUAGAGAAUACUAAGUGGGAUAUGUCUUCCAAUUUGCAAGGCAUUUUAAGAGAUUAAAUAUUUGAUUAACUCUUUGCCCGCCACAUCAAUUUUGGGGUGCCGUAUGCAUUGUGUGCGAACUAUGACUUGAGUCAUCGUUGGCAGUCCGCUGUAUGUGCCGCGAGUUGUCCGUGGCGGGCAAAAAGUUAAUUGAAAUAUGGCAUUUUGAUGUUUUAGAUAUUUUUUAUGUCAAAGAAAAUGUCAAAUUGUUUCUACGAUUUGGAAUCCAUAUUUGAAUUGAAAAAGGUUAAAUGUAUAAAAUUAGCAAGUAUUUCCAAUGAAUAUGUGCCAGCUGAUAAUCUGUAAUAAAUUUUUUACCAUCUUUGUAUCAUGUA